UAAAGAAUCAGAUCCAAACAUCCCUAUAACUCAAAGAUGAUAAAUUCUAAAUACAACCCAUUUUUUACUAAAUAUAGUCUCUUUUUAAAACUCUUUUCGAACAAACUCAUUAAUUUUACAAAUUUCCCUCCCUGAAGUGCUUUCUUCUUCAGCCGUAGCGACUUGAAAUUUCUGUAUGACCUUUUCACAUAUGUAAUUGAGUCCACUAACGAGUUCUUUGUCGAGAUGGCCAUCAAUGUACCACGGACCGCCAGUGAGUUCUGUUGCAGGUUCAAACCCAGCGGCUAUAAAGGUCUUUCAAGAUUUGUUCUCUAUGUUCUUGACCGGUUUUAUGAGGUUCUUCAUCGAUUUAAGUUUUGAGCUCUCAUUCAUUAUGGGGUGUGUCCUCCGGACCAGAGCUUCCAGGGAAUCUCGUCGGAAGGAUAAGCAGCAGCGGCCGUCAAGAACCAGAGAGGACGGUGGGAGUGCUUCCGCCAGUGGCACAACAGGGCCGGCGGAUGGCCGCCAGAAUCACAAUAAACAGAAACAUCAACCACCUCCGCCACAAGAGCUUUGCAAUCUGAGGAACUUUACCACUAGGUCCGCCACCAACGAACAGGGAUCUGACAACCACGGUCGAUGGAAGCUUUGAUUCUUUCUUCACGACAGCCAACCAAUUCUCGAGAGUUUUCUUACUUUUAAUUAAAUUGAGGACCACACUUUCAGCAUCCACCAGAGGCAGAGAAUGUGAUGCCCCUUCUGGUUUUCUCCUCUUUAUUUCUUCUCUACUACGGAAGUACGACUGACAGACUAGAGAGCCUGAGAUCGCCUACUGGCAGUGACGCAGCCAUGAAGGCGGGCAGACGCAGGCGGAGGGAGACCGUGAACUGGCGGGCAGAGAGUGGGCGUUGGGUCAGCAGGAACUUUUAUUCUUCGCUCAGCGUUCUAUGCCUCUAUUAGCUAUAUUUUUAUUUCGGGAAAAUUUGAGUUUGCACCCCAUGUUUUGGGUGAUAUUUGACUUUUCACCCCAUUUUUAAAAUCAUUAAUGUAUGCACCCCAUUAGCCCAAAAAUUGUGAAGGAGUAGGGUGCAAAGUGAAAUGAUUUUAUAGUGAAUUAGGGUGCAUACAUUAAUGAUUUUGAAAAUAGGGUGCAAAGUCAAAUAUCACCCAAAACAUGGGGUGCAAACUCAAAUUCUCCCUUUUAUUUCUCUAACUUUUCUUUUUUGAAGACUCUUCCUUUUCAAACUUGUUGUUCUCCCUUUUCCAUAAGAGAUCUCUUACAACUACGAAGCUGUUCCGUUCGUCUUAAUCUUAUUACUUAUUCCUUAAUCUUAUUUUAUUCAGAUCAGAUCAGAUCAGAUCAGAAAGAUUCAGAUCAGAUCAGAUCAGAUCAGAAAGAUUCAGAUCAGAUCAGAUCAGAUCAGAAACAUUCAGAUCAGAUCAGAAAGAUU